AUGCCACCUUCGUCACGGAAACGCAGAGCGCUGCUAGACGACGACGAUGAACCCACACCGACUCAAAGGCGGCACACGCAAGUUGACGAUGAAGUAGACGAAGCAGAGGAAGACCACGGUAGCGGUAGCAUAGCACAGCUGUCGAAGAACCUAGUCCGAUAUGCACUCUCCUGCGAGUUCUCACGAAUGCCUAUCAAACGACAAGAUAUAUCACAAAAGGUGCUUGGAUCGCACUCGCGAGCAUUCAAAGAGGUCUUCGCCGCGGCAAAUACGCAUCUCAUGGACGUCUUCGGCAUGCGAAUGGUAGAACUUCCAAACAGAGAGAAAGUCACGCUGCGACAGAAACGCGCUGCCGCAGGUUCAGAUUCGCAGUCGAAGAACAGCAACACAUGGGUGUUGCAGAACAUCCUCCCCGAGAAGUAUCGUAGCCUCCCUGUCAUGGGCCCCGGCAUAGCGCCCGCACCCGACGAGAACCACGACGUGCCCGACGUUGAUGGCGCGUACAUUGGUUUAUACAGCAUGGUUAUCUCCCUGAUACUGCUGUCCGGCGGCACGUUGUCUGAGGGGAAACUCGACCGCUUCAUGAAGCGCAUGAACGCGGGAGACACGACGCCGGUUGACAGUACAGAUAAAGUCCUCGCGCGUAUGGCCAAGGACGGCUACAUUGUGAAAAUCAAAGACACGCAGGGCGGGGAUGAGAUUGUCGAUUAUAUAGUGGGGCCGAGAGGCAAGGUGGAGGUGGGCAAAGAAGGUGUCGCUAACUUCGUGCGCACCGUGUAUGGUGACGAUGUGGAGGACCUAGACGGACGACUGAAGCGUAGCCUCGGGCUUGGAGAAGACGUCGAUGCGAACGCGGUGAACGGCGAGCCUGCUGCGCCUGUACAGAAUGUCGGCCGCCGACCGGCGAGGCAGCAAAGGCGUGGACAGGACUCAGACGAUGAGUAUUAG